AUGACUAGCAAGCAUGAAGACCUGCGGUCUUCCAUACAAACCACUGCACAACCUUCCAGCCACCCCACCAUGAGUUCUAAGGCAAGCUCACGACAGCUUCCUCCGCCCGAGAAGCCAGAGGCUACUCGGACUCGAUUCAGAGUCAUUGCUGCAUUCUGGGCCGUCAUCAUCUUUCUGGGAUUUCCGAUAUGGUGGAAGACAACAUCUAUUUAUCGGGCUCAUUUGCCCAUCCAGGAGAUGGUCGAUUGGGCUAAUGGAAAGACCUGCCGCCCUGUAUUUCCUCUCGAAAUCCGUUUUGAAGCACCAUCUAUGCCUAUCCCAGAAGCGCAGCAUCUUCUCCGAACUACACAGCAUACCCUUGACGAUCUGAACGAAUUCUCCGCCCAUCACCUCCGCCUGAAACUGUCCGAAGACACAAUCGCUGCAGAAAGCCAUGUGAGCGCGCAAGGACCGUCGGUACUUGCCGGUUCAGGCAAACCUGAUACCGCGUUGACAGUUCGACUGUUACCUCAGGAGGAUUUGGUUGCACCGAAAGCAGAGCUUCAUUCCGAAACGACCCAGCUAGAUAUCAUGUAUCCCCCGAGCCAGAUCCCCGCUCCCUCAUCCUCCAACCCACCCUUAUCGGCCUUCAUUGCGAGCGAAUUACAGAGUCUAUUUACUGAGGAAAAGGCAAUCAUUGCGCAAAUCCUGUCCGACAGCAACCUGGGCAGCGCCAACACCAACACUCCUCCAUCGUCGAACAAUCAGCAGCCCUUGGCGGUUCUCAAUUCCCUCUCUCCGCAACUGGCAGAAAAUAUCAGCAGACGGUUGAGACGGUCCAUGAAGUAUGCCGAGACCUAUCACCUUGCCUUUUCUCUGUUCACACCCGGCGCAGAGCCCUCCUCGUGGGACAUCCAAGCAGCUGUUGAGGAAUACAUUUCCCCACUGCUGCAAGCGCUGGAGCCCGUUAGCAACUUCACUGUCGACACGCAAGUACAGCUAUACGCGACCUUUUCUCCAACCGCACCGAAGCCCGAAUAUGACGACGCGCUGGCAGCUUGGACCCUGAAGAAGGAAGAUCUGAGUGCCUUCAUCAACGCCGCCGAAUGGCCUUUGAGCCCUGGUAUCGGAAGCGGCCCAACAAUUAACUUCAUUCUCUAUGUGCCUGAGCCUUCACAGUCACCAAUGCUCGUCAAGGAGGGCGGCGCGACCAGCUGGAUCAUCCCUCAAUGGGGCGGCGUUUUCCUUCUCAACCCUCCUCUAUCGACCAUCCAAGAGAAUCCCUCCAGCCUAGCCCAUCUCUCCAAGGAUUCACUGCGCGCCGCCUUCUUGACAUUCUCCCACCAGAUUCUCACCUUACUUGGCGUCCCUACCACGCCUACCUCCCUCCCCUUCCGUCUGCAAACGCUCAUCCGCGUCCGCGCUGCGACACUCCUCCUCUCCGCAUCCUCCACCAUGGGCUCCCUCGCCCGUCUCACCGAGUCUCUCCCCUCAAUUCCCAUCCCAGCAAAUGUGGCCGCAUCUGUAUCCACCACUCUCGCUCAUCUGGCCUCGGCAUGCACUCAUCUCAGCGAGGGCCGCUUCGAAGCAGCUCUUGCCAGCGCCCGAGUCGCGGAAACAGAGGCUGAGCGCAGUUUCUUCGAGAAGAGCAUGGUGGGGCAGAUGUAUUUCCCAGAUGAACAUAAAGUGGCCGUAUACCUCCCCCUACUGGGGCCUAUUGGCGUCCCCCUUGUCGUGGGGCUACUGAAAGAGGUCAAGAGGAUUAUUACGGAUCGGAAGGCCAAGCGGGCGAUGCGUUCAUAA